AUGUCAGCGGCCGCCAUAGGAGUCGAAAACAGAUAUUUAAUGAAAAAUAAAAAAAACAACAACAGCACAUGUGAUAAUAUUAAUGUAGACGUAAAUCAUAUUAUAAAAGAUAUAUACGGAUUUAAGCAUGGCAGAAAGAGAAGUGUCCAGUUUAUUAACGACGACACGUUAUUGAAUAACCAGGAUAUGAAGAAAAUCAUAAAGAGAAUAAAAAUCCAAGACAGCUAUGGAAAUAGCAGUACCGGUAAACAUGGACAAUGUGACCAUGAGAAUAAACAGGAGGAAGAUUCAUUGAUGCUACCUCCAGAGGAUGCCACUUGCAGCAAUAGUGAAGAUGCUGUUAAGAUUGGCUCCGGGACCGAUUCGGAUAGAGGAUCGGAUAGCGGCUUGGAUAAUAGCCUCCACCAUAGCAGAAGGCAAGACUGCACUAGUAACAACCACAUGCGAAACGGCGACAAGCGUAGGUGCCCCCAAGAAUAUGACUACAUGUGCGAAAACAAUCACUUUGUAAAAAGACAGGCCAGUAGCAACAAUAUAGCUGGAAUCAAUUCCACAACGGAAUCGUUAGCCCACCAGGAAGAAAACAGAAAAAUUUUGUCCAAGCAGUUCGAACUCUGUAUCGAUAACGUCCUCGAGCAUAUUCGCUCGUGUAAUGAAAUUAAUCAAGCUAAGAAAAUUAUGAUUCCCCUUCUAAGUGAAUUUAUACUAAACAAUUUUAUGUGUCUGGAUGAUCAUGAGAGGAUUCAAAAUGGAUACAAAAUAAAUAUCGACACUUUGCAGAAGGAGAAAAAAGUUCUAAUAAGUGCUGUAAAAACGCAGUAUCAAAAAAUUAUACAAUUACAAAAAUUGGUAGAUAGCCAAAAAUGUGAAAUUAAAAAAAAAAGCGAUGAGCUUAAUCAGAUAAAAGCCAAGGUGCAUCAGUACUUCUACGACAUUAACAAUCCUAACAAGAGAAUUUUUUCUAUAUUGUCCCCAGACGUGUACUAG